AUGGACCCCAAGAAAAAGGACAAACUUUACAAACUACGACCACUGGUUGAAAGCCUGAAUAAAAAAAUUGAAAAUAUCAGAUCUCCUGGAGAGCAUAUCAGUGUUGAUGAAUCAAUGAUUCGCUUCAAAGAGAGAUCCUCUUUGAAACAGUAUAACCCCAUGAAGCCCAUCAAGAGGGGAUAUAAAGUGUGGUGUCUUGCUGAUAACGCUGGCUAUGUUUUCAAGUUUGAUAUAUGCACUGGAAAAGGAGAAAACAAUGAUCCUAACAUGAGGAAAGAAUUUGGAUUAGGUGGAGAGGUAGUUCUCAAACUGACUGAACAUCUCCAUAACAAAAACCACAAACUUUUCUUUGAUAUUUACUUUACCUCUUUUCCCCUCCUGGAAGUCUUGCAUGGCCUCAAGAUUCAAGCCUGUGGAACUGUGAGACAGAUAAGAAAGGAUUUCCCUAUCCUGGCAGGUGACAAGGAACUAAAAAGAGGACAGUUUGAUUAUAGGUCCACACCCAAUGGCCUAACUGUUUAUAAAUGGAUGGACAAGAAAGCAGUACUCAUGGCAUCCAACUACCAUGGAAUUGAAGCCACAACUGUGAAGAGGACAGAAAAAGACGGAAAGAAGGCAAUAGUCCCUUGCCCACAAGUAGUGAAGGACUAUAAUGACAACAUGGGUGGUGUAGAUAAGCAUGAUAUGCUUCGACAACUUUAUGGUACAAACAGGGAGAGCAUGAAAUGGUGGCACAGAAUCUUUUGGGGUCUUCUAGAUAUGUGCAUUGUCAAUGCUUAUGUUGUGUACAAGGAAAGUCAUGGAUCUCUUCCAUUCCUAGACUUUCGAAGAGACCUAGCCCAAGGACUUCUAACAUAUUCAAAGGAACGUUCUUUCUACGCCCCCAAGGCGUAG